AUAAAUCAAAGUCCUGGUUGUCACAGCUAGUAGAUUUCCAGGGACUCUGAAGUCUCUCCCUUGCAGCCCUCUAGCUGCUAACUCUCCAGGGUUCAUAUCACUUACUCUCAAAGCAUCUCGCAGACUGUGUGUAUAUGGCUGUAGCUAAGUGUAAUGCAAUGGUUAGUGGUAUGACAAUCUGAGUAGGAGAGCCACUGCUCUGAUGUUCUGCUGACUUCAUUUGGCCUUCAAUUUAACAAAUCCUUGGUUUAUAAUGCUAAUUGAAUAGCUCAUCUGCCAGACUCUUUGCUGGAGAGAGACUUCCAAGAAAUACUGCUGUUAACAGGACUGGUAUACUGAAAAAAGAACAACUUUUUUGGAAGCAGGCUGGACAUCAUCCACCUAAUUUUGUAUUGGGUUCAAAGCUUUCAGUGGGAUGAGCGGUAGUGGUGCUGUGGGGCAGAAGCAGAAGGUAGUGCCUCAUGUAGAAACAGAACAUCAAACGUCAUCACUGGCUGUACCACAGAAAAUUUUGACACUGCAGUUGUAGCUGCAUUAGGGAUUUAAUUCAGAUAAUGAUAAGGUUUUGAAGCAAAUCUCCCAGUUGUCACCAGUUGUUGCCUUUUGCUUUGCACUAUAGGGCAUCGCAGGUGUACACAUUGGAUACCUUUCCAUAGAAAGUCAAGUGAAAGACAUUCCCCACCAAUGAAGAGCCAUUAAGUCCGUGGGACCAGUUGGCCUGAAGGAAUCCCCCUGAAACACACGCAGUGCAGAUGUGGGGUCCUCAGUACUGGUUGUUUUGGAGUAGUCUGCACUGUUUUCCAGCACAACCAAAUCAGCAGGCAAUUUGAAUAACUUGCCAGUAAAUUAAAUUUACUUACUUCUAAUGUAUGUAAUACAGGCUUUAGCAACUUCUACUAUGUGCAGACACUAAUAUGUUUGCUCGCUUUGUUAUCCUAACAGUAAACACGGUAGCUGUGGUGGAAAGAAGAGACUCACCUUUUAAAAUAAAUGUUCCAUAACGCUGAAUAUCGUGUUGGAGGAGAGGAAAACAAAUGCCAAAUACAAGACAAUUCAAGAUCCAGUUCUAGGCACGUGAUGUGACUCAGACCUCCCCCUGGUUAUUGUUACAGUGUGCUAAGUUACACACAUACAUUCGAGAGAGAGAACACGUUUCUAAACGAGAACGUAGUUUGGGCGCUCCUCCACCAGAUGUCCCUGCCGUGAGCCCUGCGGAGUCUAUUUACACACCGAGUGGCUUUGUCACCGGGGCGAUGCUGUGGCCAAGGUUUAUCUGGGUCGGAGGAACCUGCAGAACCGGUAUCUUCAUACAAACUCCAGGCCCGCCUGUAAUACAAGGAACAGGACAGGCACAUUAGGACUUUUAAAAUGACCUUUAAUAGGCAAAUGAAGCAGCCCUGAGGAAGAAGUCUAUGAGCAGCGCGAAUCAACAGGAGUGAGUGUUGCAUACCUUCAUGCACCCACUGUAUGCUCUACCUGUAAUAAAAGAGUCAUGGCCCCAGACAUGGGCUCUGCCGCACUUGCACAUGCAAAGCUUUUAACCUGGUUGGUGUCCCUGUUGAGUCUGGUAUGCUGUUCUGCUGCUGCUACUGUGGAUGAGCCCAACCCGGGCAAGAGUUUCUUGCCUCAGUAUGAAUCUGAUCAUGGGGGAGCUGUUGACUCUUCACAAGAUACAAGGCUACAUGUUUUCACAGUGGACUAUGACUAUGUGCAAAUUCCCUAUGAAGUUACCCUUUGGAUCCUCCUUGCCUCUCUUGCAAAAAUAGGUUUCCAUCUCUAUCACCGAUUACCAAGACUCAUGCCCGAAAGCUGCAUCCUGAUUGCCAUUGGAGCACUGGUAGGAGCAAUCAUCUAUGCUUCUGAUCACAAGUCUCCACCGGUGAUGACCACAAGUAUUUACUUCUUGUAUCUCCUUCCACCCAUCGUCCUGGAGGAGGGUUAUUUCAUGCCAACUCGCCCAUUUUUUGAGAACUUUGGGUCCAUCCUGUGGUGGUCUGUGCUGGGAUCUCUGCUAAACUCGUUUGGGAUUGGCCUCUCCCUCUACGGAAUCUGCCAGAUUGAAGCCUUUGGCCUGACAGACCUGAACCUGCUGCAGAACCUCCUCUUUGGCAGCAUGAUUUCAGCUGUGGAUCCUGUGGCUGCUCUGGUAGUUUUUGAAGAAGCCUCCGUUAACGAGCAGCUUUACAUGAUGAUCUUUGGAGAGUCAUUGCUAAAUGAUGGCAUAACUGUGGUUUUAUAUAACAUCUUCAUCGCCUUCACCCAGAUGCACAGGUAUGAAGAAAUUGAAUCCAUUGAUGUCUUUGCUGGCUUUGCUCGCUUCUUCGUGGUGGGGCUGGGUGGCAUGUUGUUUGGCAUCGUCUUUGGAUUUGUGUCGGCACUCAUGACUCGAUUCACCCGCAACGUUUCUGCUAUCGAACCACUGCUGGUCUUCAUGUUCAGCUACCUGUCAUACUUGUCUGCUGAAACCCUUUACAUCUCCGGCAUUUUGGCGAUGACAGCCUGUGCAGUGACAAUGAAAAAAUACGUGGAGGAGAAUGUUUCCCAGAAUUCCUAUACUACAAUAAAGUAUUUCAUGAAGAUGCUGAGCAGCGUCAGUGAGACCUUGAUUUUUGUGUUCAUGGGAGUGUCCACAGUGGGGAAAAACCACGACUGGAACUGGGCCUUCAUUUGUUUCACUUUGCUCUUCUGUCUCCUUUGGCGGACACUGAGUGUAUUUGCUCUCUUCUACAUCAGUAACAAGUUCCGAACAUAUCCCUUCACCUUCAAAGACCAACUCAUUAUUUCCUACAGUGGCCUUCGAGGAGCCAGCAGCUUCUCUCUUGCAUUCUUGCUUCCAGUGAAUCUCUUCCCAAGAAAAAAUCUCUUCAUUACUGCCACUCUUGUAGUUAUAUAUUUCACUGUGUUCAUCCAAGGGAUCACAAUUGGACCAUUGGUCAGAUAUCUAGAUGUUAAAAAGACCAACAAAAAGGAGUCCAUCAAUGAAGAAAUUCAUGUGCGAUUGAUGGAUCACUUGAAGGCCGGUAUUGAAGACAUAUGUGGACAUUGGAGUCAUUAUCAGCUGAGAGAUAAAUUUAAGAAGUUUGACAAUAAGUAUUUGAAGAAAAUCUUAAUUCGAGAACACCAGCCCAAAUCCAGCAUUGUGUCAUUGUACAAAAAGAUGGAGAUAAAACUGGCCAUCGAGAUGGCUGAGAGUGGCAUGAAAAUUUCACAACCAUCCUCAGCUUCUUUACAGAGCAGUAGCAAUCGGUGUGUGCAUAGGCUCUCCCCCACACAGGUCAAGUCCAUGCGAGAUGUCCUGGCACAUAAUCUGUAUCAAGUGCGACAAAGGGCACCAGCGUACAACCGACACAACCUGCCUACCAGCACAAAUGAGAAGCAAGCCCAAGAAAUCCUCAUCCGUCGGCAGCACAGCCUGAGACAGAGUUGCAGGAAGGGAAACAGUUUACCUUGGGGCAGACCGGCUGGUACCAUGGAAGUACGCUACCUCUCUUUGCCUCAGGGCCCCAGCCAACCCACUAGACGAAAAGCCAGGCGUGUUACAUUUACAGAUCACCACAGAAGUGGCUCUGAUGCUGCAUUCCCAGGAAUGUUCAGACCCCAGCCUCGACUACGGCCACUUGAAGCAAAGCACCACCAGGAAGAGCUGAUUCCAAUGGCACACUUGGAUAGACGAGCAGGCCCAUCCAAUCUGUCAAAUCGAAGAGGAAAUUCAAUCAGCCGGCAUCGUUUCACUAGAGCAGACAAUCGAGCUCUAAUGCCAAAGUCUCGAUUUGCUGUGGCAGAAGUAGAGGAGUAUGAGUCAGAAGAAGAGACAGAAACAAUGGCACCAGCCAGGCCAUUAGACAUAUGAGGAGCAGAGAAGAGCAAUGUUUGUAUCUCUAGGGCCCUUUGUGAACAGCUUCAGAGAAAAUAACAAAGCUUUUAUAUGAACCAAACCACAAUUUUCCUUUUGGGACCACUGCAUUUGUUCUCAUAUCACUUUAAAGUGCUGUAUCAAGGUACUUAGUGGCUCGAAGAAGACACACAUUCUUGUAUGUUUAUAUCAAGCUUUCUUUCCAACAAAACACUGCAGGAAAGAGGGGAGCAUGAUCUUUGUAGAGGUUUGGACAUAGAUUUAAAUUACAGUAGUUGGGCACAUGCAAUGCUAUGGGCGGAAGCUGAUAUUGCCUUCCUCUGUUCUGUUCUAUGGCCUGCACCCAGGAGAAAGAAACACCAAAGGACAUGUUUGGGACUUGAGUGUCCAGACUGGUAACUGCAACUUGCCUACAGAUUUUGACCUCAGAGUAGCUGAGAUAUUCCAGGAAACAGUUAAAAACCAAAAAGGCAAUUUAGGACAGCUAAAUGUCAGUGAAGAUGCCUAAACAAGUACUUAAGUCAAAAGGAUUUUUAGUGGACAUUUUCAGCACUUGGGAAUCGCUUGGCAUCUCGGGUUUUAGCUCUGCAAAAGUGCUUGACGUCAGUUACUGUGGUGGUCCAUUACUCCUGCUACUUCAACCAGUUUCAACAUGCAGGUACUUAUGACCCACCUACAGUUGCUUUGGAUGAAUAAAAGAGGCAUCCUGGUAUGUAGAAGUCCAGAGGACUCUUCAUGCAGGGGUGCUGUCAGGAUGCCUUCUAUUUGCGAAUGGGGGACGGCAAGAAUGUACAUAAUAUUCUUGUGGUUCAGCAAGUGGGAAGCUUCACUGUAGAGCAUCUAACCUUCAUUCAUCACUCCACCUUGCUAGACGGUGCCCAGAUCGGUAGACUAGUCUUCACACUGAAGCUGGACCAGCACUGCAGAUAGGAAGCAAGAAACUAGGAUAAAAGAUAAAGGGAGCCUAACUUUGUAGCCUGAUGGCUAGCCAGGAAAGAGAGGCCCUGUGUUUUGUACCCAGCUUUUUGUAGGAUGUCUGCCUAUAUGUUAUAUAGAGAUACAUUUGCUAAAAAAAGAAAUAACCAGGGGGACAUGCUUUGGAGCCAGUGACCUCCCGACCUUCCCACUGAGCUCGCUUCCAACUGGCUCUGUGCACCCAUGCUCCAGUCUCAAUGGUGCGUCUCCCUAGUGGUAGGAGAAGAAAGUAGCUAUGGUCUUGAGUCAUUAUGGAUAAAGCCUAAAGCUCUAGACACCUAGUUCUUCUGGUGGAGCUCUUUUCUGCAAAAUGGCAGCAUCAUUGCCACUGUCAUCUGUCUUGAAACUACAGGUGAGCUGAUUUUAUCCAAAAGGAUGACUGGAGUCCAAAAGCCCAUUAGCCCACCCUUGCAGCUGCACUAAACUCAAAUCUACAGCUGAGAAAUGCACCAAGUUCAAUCAUGUUUUCUUCAAGUUUCCCUCUCUCUCCUCCACUCAGAGCUUGCUUAUCUGCCCAACUAGAGGUCUGUAAAUGCUACUGUAAGAGUUAGAGAGGUAAGAAUUCAAGAUAGCAGUGCUACCUUUAUGUUUUUCUUUUUUGUAUUACUGUUAAGUGCUUGUAUGUCCUAGUCCAGAGAAAGCUUUCAGGUGUGAGUUAUGACUUCACAUUUCUUACAACGGAUUUCUGAUUCAGGACAGGUAGCAUCUAAACUAAAAAAAAUCAAAAACACCACCAGAGGAAAAAAAUAAAACCCCUUUCCUCCCAUUUCUCAUGUUUGCAGCUUCUGUGUUUAGCAGGUCAUAAUGAAUCAUCUGCACUGAAACUGUACAAAGCUUUAUGAAACUUAAGUUCUGUUUGCAUUUCCUCAUUGUGCCAGAGAAAUUUUACAGCUUCCUUUUAUGAAAGCAGUGGCACGUUAUUAAAAGAAGGUAGGAUCUGGCUUUUGUACCAACACUGAAUAAGAAGUGCCAUAGUUAUGUACCUGAAUAUCAACAAAUAAACCCAUCUUCACCAAAAGAGGAAGGGCUACAUGUAGUUUUUAAACAAAAGCCUUGUGCCAGAUCUCAAUUCUAUAGCAAGUUAUAUUGACAUAUCAUAAGUCUCACUGAAAAAAUUAUUUUAAGAAAAAGAGUUAGCAUACAAAAUCAGGUCUUAAAUUGCACAAAUUGCCACCUGAAAUUUAAUUGAGGGCAAAAUCAUCACCUGCAUGACAUAGUCCUUAGGCCACAGAGCUGACAUAGGUGUAUGGAGUUGGGUGAUGGAGGUGUGGGACCUGCUGCUGCAUUGCAGAGUCGGAAGGGGGUGGGAUCUUCAAAAAUGGCUAGCGGAAGAUGUGGACUGGAGGCAAUUUUUGGGGACAACGACGAAGGGGAAAAGGAAAUCUGAGAGGAGGGUGACGAAGGGAUAGUGUCUCAUCUUCAAAGGGAGACUCAGGAGAGAGAUUAAACAGAGGAAUUACUGAGAGCUGCACAUUCAGCAUUUCCUCUUUUAGAAGAUUUAGUAAAUGGGUUGUCUGGGGGACACUGGACAGAUACAAACUGUGCGAAAUCAGGAAGGUUAAUGUGAUGUCUAGAGUGGUAUGGAAAGGGACUAGACAUACAUCAUGAAAAAGAGGAGUCCAUGCAGUUUGGUCAGGGUAUGGUUGACAGACAUGCUUAAAAUUGACUCCCAAAUUCUUUAUUAAAUAUUAUAAAAUUUGUGCAGCAUUUAUUUAAUUACCCAUUGUAGGUAGGGAGAAAAGCAUUCAAUUUCUAAUGACCAUUUAUAUCAGAACUAGAGAAAAAUAAUUCUUUCUAAAAUACAAAUAAAUAUACUGCAUAACUGGAGUUGAAUCUCCCUCUUUUGGUUCAUUCCUAAUCUUUCCACUGAUGAAAUCAGUGAGCCAGAACUUCAGAGUAUAAAGCUAUAGAGCAUCUAGAAUAGAACUUUCCCAGCUUUUGUAGUCUGGCCUCCAAACUUGUAAAUUCUAUUUUUAGUUUUAUUUCCUAGCAAUUAGAAAAUACUACUGGAAGAAAAUUUCCUUCUGUGCCAUUAAUUGCUCUUAAUGGUUUUGCUGGCCAUCAGCCAAGAAGCAAUGCUGCAGAUGCUGUAUGAAGUAUGCUCUAAUAUAUAAAGUUGCACUGUUUGUUUGUUUUCAUGGGUAUUUCAUACUUACAGACAAAAGAGUUCUCCUUAAAGAAGCGCAUUGCUUAUGUUUUAAAUAGCAGUAACUACAGCAAUGUUUCACUAUCUAUAGGUGCUCUGAACUGGUUUAGGGCAUGAAUUUAAAUCUGCUGCUGGUGGAUUUAAGUCUUCAUGUGUGUGGGCAUUCUUAAACUCCUUAACCUGGGUCACAUCCAGGAAACUUGUGCUGAUAAUUUGCAAAGGGAAGUCAAUUCAAGAUUUUUUUUUUUUGACUGGUACAGUGCUAUUUACCGGGGAAUUUCAAUUGUGCUCUCAUUUAAGGUGAGCUGGCACAGGAAACUCAUGCCCAGAAGGUUAAAGAAUUAUUUAAAAUCCAGAGAGGAAAUAAGAACUCAGGGAUUUAAGACUAUGUCCUUGGGGCAGGGGGAUAGUGCAGGACAGGUGAGUUUCAGCAAGGAAUAAUGAUGAAUAACCUGUACUUUUCAUAGCAGAGAAAAUAGGAGAUACAUUUGAACAGAACUGGGUAACCAAUGAGGAAAAAAAGACAAAUAAGAACAGUCAUAAUAGAAUAUUUUAAUAGUAAAAGCAACAGUUAUCAAACAGAAUAUUGCAGAAAAGGGGAGGGAGUUAUCAAGGUCAAUAGUACAUUGUGAGCAACAGGCAAUACUUUUGUAUUUAUUGUGUGGUGUGAUUAACUGUUGGAUCCUGUUGUGCUUGCUGUUACCCUUUAACUAAUAUGCCAGGCAAGUAGGAACGUGUAGUAAAAGGAAAAUCUCUUCCUCAGAGAGGUUACCAUAGAGCAUGCGGCAACCAGGGGACCAGCAGCAAUCAGGACACAAUAGCAGCUAGUGCAGGGAGAGUCCAAGCUGUGACCUCCAGAAAUACCAGUUAACAUUGCACCAAAAGAAGGCACUGACUGGUCCUUCUCCCAGGGGAAAUGGUGCCACUGGGAAUGUCUGUGACUGUGUAGUGAGGGCUGAUGCUGCUGUCUGUACAACACCUACAACACCUGGGGAAACAACAUGCUGGCUACAUGGUAAUGCCAGCAAACAUGACAGGGAAAGAUGCUAUGAAGGACCUAAAAGCAGUUUGUGCGUCACACUAGGGGAGAACAUCAGCGAAGGAGUGUAGAAGCAGGGGGGAUAAUUUGCCUCAUAGCGUGGUUUGAAACUCAAGUGAGUGGAGCAGCCGUGUGUCUAUCAAAGCCAGAGAGAAGUUUUAACAGAUGGAAAAGAGCAAGUGCCCUGGUGGGGGCUCUAGGUAAACUGAUUUACUGCUGUUGUGUGUGGGCCAAGAAAGUAGGACAACUUAAAAGGCAAAAGUAAGUUUGGAUGUGUUUAGAGCAAUUAAGGAAGGUUAUAUGAGAUUCAGAAAAGUAGGUCAGAGUUUCAGGCUGGAGAGCCUGGUAGAGAGGAAGUAACCAUGACCACAUUCAGUGCGAGAAGGACGGCUUAAUUUUACAAGGGACAUAGUCAGAGAAAGAGGACCAGUGAUAUCUGCAGGGGAAAUCACUGAAUUGCUAUGGAUAAAACCCAUUACUUAAGUUAAGAAGGUGAACAUAAUUGUGAAAUUAUUCUUAUUUUCUUGCUGGUACGUUGGUUUUGAGAACUGAUACUUUCAAGGUUUUUCCUGCAGUGAUUAGACCCUGAAAACUCAUAUUUUAUGGUCAUGUAUGAAUGGAAACUACUAUUUAAAAGCCUGUGGGAGACUCCAGAAAAUAUAACAAAUAUUUCCAAGCUUCCUUUCUUCAUAGGUGCUUUUUCUAAUUUUCUAUUUAUGUAUAUGGAUAAAACACAAACAUUAAGAGUGGGAAAACAGAUUACCUUAUCUUCAUAUUUUGUUUGCUUUUUAGGUAGGACAAUUACAUUUAUUGUUUUGUCAAACUCACUGUACUUAAGAACCUUAAAAUUAGAUGUGUAAGGUAACAUGAGUAAUAUUCUGAACCAGUUAAGAGGACUGAAAAUCUAUUGUGGUAAGCUACCUAAUUUAUUUCCUUUUGAGAAUCUGUCUCAAUGUUAAUCACAAGUGAAACUCCUUUUUCUUUCCUGCUUUGGUUUUAUAGGUGUGAAAUUUCAAAAGUUAAUAUUGGUUCUUGUUUACUUAUGGUCCACCCUUCCUCCUGGAAAAAAACUUAGUUUCUGUUACAUUUCAAUCAUAGGAAAUGAGACAUGGACUGAAGAAAACUAUGCCAAACUGCUUUUCAGAGUGUCCUUUCUUUGGCUGGGCAGACUGCAGCCACACAAAUAGUGAACAGCUGGUCAGGAGUAGACAUCCAAACUGAACAUCAUCCUUGACUUUUUUCUACCCUUGUGGGAGCAAGCUAGGAAGAAAGAAGCAUCUGUCAAGAACAGCCACAGUGAGCUGGGGGCACAGGUAUUAGUCAUCUGCAACAUGCCUUUUACACAUACAAACACAGGUCGAAUCAUUAGAGAUCUGCUCCAUGCUUUCCCUUCAGUAACUUAUUCUGCUAUAUGCAAAAUUAUCAUAAAAGAGACUCAAAGUUAAACUGCUUUUUUUGCUGGUAUGUAUGUUGGGUGUUAAUUUAGACUCAUUAGUUGAUACUGGUCUAACACCAUUUGCUCCUUGUUCUGCCUUAUUAUCAGCAGUGAUAAGGAGUGAAAAUAGUGAGUAAUGUGCAGAUGUCAAAAUAAAAAGGCUCUAAUUUUUUAAAGGUACCUUGGAACAAAACCUAUAGCUCUCUAGCUAGAUUUAUUCAUGUCUUUAUUGAGAAAAAAAUUUAUAAAUGAAAGCCAGAUGCCCGAAUAUAUUCAGUUUCAAUAUUGCAUGGUGAUUAACAUUGGUAAUACUCGCAGUGGUGCACAGUGCCUUACAGGUGCUGUGUGAACACAAGGCACAGACAAUUCAGAGAGAAGGCAUCCUGAGAAUUAGGCCAGUGUUAAAACCCCACGUGAAAAGUAGUGAAACUUGCACAAAGCAAAUGAGCCUGUGUACACGUAACACAGGAACGCUGCCAGGAACUGAACAUAAGACCCUGGUCCCUUGACCUCAAGUCUACCUUUACUUCCCUUAGGCUUUCAGGUGACUGAAACCUACAGACAGGAUCAAAAGAACAAGCUGAAACUGUUCAUCCAGUUCUCACCACAAAAAUGGAAAAAUCCACACGGAAAUCGCAUUGUUUGUUCGUUGCUUUGAGACAGGCAUCAGGACCUUCUGUUUACAAACACUCAGUGUCCUAAAACACAUCAUAAAAUUUUGCCAUAUUUAAGAUAUAUGUAUAAAACAUAUGUAAUGUAAAAAAGAUGUCAUUCAUCACUCAUUUUCCCCUGGAACAUUCGCUGUUGUUCCUUUCAAAAAACUACAUAUGUUCUGCAUGUUUUGCAUAGUUACAAAAACUUUGUAAUAUUGAGAGGGCUUUUAAGAAGUGAAUAACUGUAGCAAAUAUACUUUUUCCUUGGAACCUGGAACGGAAACUCUUGGAAGUUGCUUCUCUUCCAUUUUCUUUCCCCCCUUCAAUAAAUUAA